AUGCAUCUCUUCAAGUUCCCGAUUCCGGUGGAACCCUCGGAGAGCGGGCUGGCAUGUCCUGCGGUGACUGUCAACCCUGACAACACGAAAGUGGCCUUCGCGAGACUAGAUGGCCAGGUAUGGAUAUACGCACUGGACAAACUGAUGGCCACGGUGCCCAUAACGGCUCAAAAGCCCGAUUUCACUGAAUUGAGUGCUCCUAUGUCGAAAGUCAUUCCAGAUGAGGGCCGAAGCGAGAUUACAGCAGUGCGAUAUGGUAACCUUACUGACUUCUUAGCCGUUGGGUGCUCCAACGGAGAGGUCUACAUUCAAAGAGACGGAAAGCUCGAACUGGCUGUUGAAGGAAUCAAGUCCUCGGUUUCUGAUCUUUCUUGGUCUGCGGAAGACGAAUUGCUGGCAAUCGCGACUCUUGGCGCUGGAAUACUGAUCUACGAUGUCAAUAACCAAGAGGUGAUUUCCAUCAUCAACCAAGAUGCCACCAGCAUAAAAGGUAUCGCUUUCGACUGCAACAUGGGCAAAAACUUAAUAUCUCUUAGUGAUGAUCGUAAAGCCCUGUUGUUUGAAUACACAUUAACGGAGGACAAAGAUGGAAAAAGACACUUUAAUUCUUCGGUGAAGAGCUUUGACGGUCUGGUGAACAUUUCAACUCUGAACAAGUCAAGAGUGAGGAAGUUAUCUUGGAGUCGAGACAACCGCAUUGUUACAUUUCCCAAUGCCUCGAAAGGUCCUCAAACGGCUUUGGUUACAGUGAUGCGCAAUCCUGAAAACCCACCCAAACAGCCUACCGGUGCGUCAGGCUCAUGGAAGUCCUGGUGCAGCUUCGUAGGACACGGCUACCAAUGUUCAGUGACUUCUGUUUCUCCAGUGACGUAUAGAAAUCUGGACUGUUCACCUCAGCAAUUGGAAUCGGCUGGGUUGGAUAUCAUAGUGAAACAUUGUCCCACUGCUCUCGAUUACAGGUAUGCCUAUAUCGUGGCUACGGGCUCGUUGGACUCCACCAUUGCCAUCUGGAGUACGUGCGCUGAUUCCCCGUUGCUUGUGGCUGAAGGAAUAUCCAGCUCUGGUGUUGUUGAUAUGAGCUGGAGCAAAGAUGGGUCGAAGUUGUUUUUCACAACCAUCAACGGUGAGUUUUGGGUCAUGGCGUUUGAGGAGAACGAGCUGGGUCCCAUAGUUGACUCUUCCACAACAGGAGUCAUUCCGGCAUCUUUGCUAAAAAAGAAUUUGAAAGAGAAGCUGAAGUUGUCGCGGGAGGAAGCCAUUUUGGAGGAAAAGAAAGCAUCUACGCAAGAUGACACAGCAAAGUCGGUAGAUGACACGGUUGAGACUGUUGUUCCACAGAAGACAAAUGGAAAUGCCAUUGUAUCUACAAUGGUUGCAAAAACUAAAGAAGGCAAGAAGCGGGUACAGCCGUUGCUUCUCUCGGGUUCGACAAAUGCAAAUGGAAACUCUAAUGGAAACGAUAAGAACAAGGCCGAUCGUGCAUCGGCUCCAAGACCUGUUUCCACUAUGGAGUUUGAUCCCCCAUCGUACUCUGUUGGAAAAGAACUUCCCGGGAAAGUCAACAAGCUAGCGAGGCCGGCUGACCUAGACGGUGAUUCGUCAACUAACCAUAAGCAACAGAAGAAGAGCAUUGAUGCUAUUGAGAUCAUAGGAUCGGUUGUGCUGAAUCCUUCAAACGCUUUCAGUAAUGUUCGCAUUUCAAUUCCAAAAGUGAGGUCCGUGAUUAAGCAGGUCUCUCCCACCGACGACUCCUUGGAGUUGGAGAUUAUCAAUGGAAACGGUAACGAGUCUACUCCUAGCAGAGUAUCCUUAACGAAAACAUAUCUGCCGUUCCAGUCUUCUGAGGUGGAAAGGAAGCAAGUCUUUGUGGACUUUCUACCGAAACGGGUUUUGCUGGCCACUGGUGGUGACGGCGAUUUCUGGGUGGUGGCCACAGUUGACGGGAAUAUCAUUGUCUACAGCGAUGUAGGAAGGCGUCUGCUGCCUCCCAUUGUUUUGGGUUCUCCUCUCUCGUUUUUGGAGAGCAAAGGGAAGUAUCUGUUGGCUGUCACAUCCAUAGGAGAGCUGCACAUUUGGGAUGUUCCAGCAAAGAAGAGUUUGUUUGGGUCGACUUCGCUGUUUCCUCUUCUUCAACCCAUAUAUCGCUCAAAUGCAACAGAUUCCUCGAACAAUGUCUAUUUUACAGGUGAAUACCUCUCAAGAGCAGAGAACCUCACUCUGUGUUCUGUUACUGCCACGGGAAUCCCAGUGGUGACUCUCAGUAACGGAAACGGGUAUUUGUAUAACCAACAUAUGGGCACGUGGAGUUUGAUAAGUGACUCAUGGUGGGCAUUUGGGUCCCAGUAUUGGGACUCUACAGCUGUUGGAUCUACGAGCAAUGACAAAUCUGCUGAUGUCGAUGGCGGUUCAGAGAACAUCGUUUCUCUUCUGGAAAGGCAUACCAACGAAGAGGUUAUGAGAAAAGGCAAGGGCAGACUGUUUUCCAAGAUCAGCAAGAUUAUGCUGAUGAAAGAGGGAUAUGAGAAUCUGGAAGUUGUAAUCUCUCUGAACCACCUCGAAAACAAACUUCUCGUGUACGAGUUGCUUGGAGAUGAGGCCAGUUUCAAGAAUCUAUUCAUUGUCUAUAUGAAGAGAUUGAGUGAGAUUCCUCUCAAAGCCCGAAUCUUGGAGAUUUGUGCUGAGCUGUAUGGGCCGAAUGACGUUACUUCAGCUCCCUGGGAGCCUAAGGUUUGUGGAAUUGAUAAGCACAAGCUACUCAAAGAGAUCGUGCUGGCAUGUGCGAAGUAUCGCGAGGUGCAAAGAAUCUUGGUUCAGUACGGUGAAGCAGUUGACGUGAUUGGGUAA